UUCUGAUCUGGGUUUUACUUAUUUUCAUUUAUUAGCAUUUUUGCUUCUCUGUAUAAUUAGGUUGUUUUGAUUUCUUGAUAGAAUGUGUUUGACUGGAACUGUUAAUUUAUCAUGGAAUUACUUUUUAAUCCCUGUUUAAUUUUGUUGGUGUGGUCAAAAUAUUAGGCUGGUAGUUAACUUUGUCCUCUUUUCCUUCUAAAAAUAAGGAUCUCAGUUCUAUAGAUCAGGUUCUUCUGCUACUGGCAAUUUUCAUUACUAUUUCUGUCAUUAUUUAACUUUGUAUUUCUCAGAUUGAGGGUGUCCCAGGAUUUGUAGAUUGCUUUUGUCUGGUCCUGUCGAUGUUCUUGAAGGAGUUUAGUGCAAAAUAAGUUCAAGAAAGAUGAAGAAUUCUUACGAAACGCAUAGCAAUGGACAUGUGAAAGAUCCUGGCCUACAAAUUAUCCGGCACCCAUUAUACCAAUCCCCGAACAAGUUUUCGUUGCCUUGGUUUGAUAUACGAGUGUCCUAUGUUAGAAUAAGCCAUUGCAGGGUCGAUGAUUCGACCCCAGAAUUUCUCACUCUCAAUCAUAUCCCUCUGAUCCAUGACACGCUCCUUGAAGUGAACGGCAUAAGAUGUUCGAUUGAUUCAGAAGGAGUUUCUUGCCUUCUCCGAAGGGAUAGGGUAGAUAAGAAAUCUGAAGAGGCUACAUUUGUUAGCACAGAUAGUAUACGGUUAAACGGUAGUGCAAGGUUUGAAGUUUUUAAUAAAGAGGAGCUCGUGCUUUCCGGGAUUUUGGGAAUGUCCCAAGCCAAUGGUUCUAUCCUGGAAACAAACAAUAUGGCCCGGAGGUGGAGCAUGAAUUGUGAAUCAGUAAUGACUGCUGGCACUGGAUUUCUCAUGGGGAAACACGUAAUGGGCGCUGAAUCAUCAUCGCCUACAAUCGAAGUUUAUGUUGCGGGUUGUUUCUCAGGAACACCAGUCAUAUUAACCAAGACAUUGCAGAUUAAUCUUGCAAAGAAACAUAAAAGGGGAAUGUUAGAUAUGAUUCCAGAAUGCGAAGCCUCCGAAUCCCAUGAAGAUGUUGCAUCUAGACCUGAUCUACAGGUUGCAGAGUACAAAAGUGAUAAAUCGGAAAGCGAAGAAGACUAUGAUAACCUGUAUUGGAGACGGACCGAAUAUACCGAAGGUGAAGACGGGGAACUUUCCUGGUUUAAUGCUGGUGUUCGGGUGGGUGUUGGCAUAGGCCUUGGCAUUUGCUUGGGGAUCGGAAUUGGAGUUGGUUUGUUGGUCCGUACUUACCGAACAACAACCCGAAACUUUAAAAGGCGUUAACAGACCUUAGUUCGGGUGCUCUUUUCUCUCUUGAGUGAGUGGAUUAGCUAGGUCCGACUAUCUUUGUAGAACAUGGAUAUCUUCUUUUUACCCCGAGGAUGACUAUCUUUAAGGUGUGACUAAUCCCUCUCCCUUGUGUAUGGCAAUUGGUGUCCUAAAGUGCCUCAGCAACCAAAGAAUUUGUUCUGCUUCACGAGAAAUGGAGUAUGUCAGUAUUAUCAUCACACCUCGUCUCAAUCUACAGGCUAACACAACCAUUAGGUUGUUCAUUUUGAGUGCAAAUUUUCUUAAUGUUUAUUUUUCAAAAAAUGGGAAAGCCAAAUGAAAAAUACUGGACUGUCUCGGGUUCUCUUUGCAUGCUGAUUUUACAUUUUUCUUUUUUAAAUUUUGGAAAAAAAUUAUUAUACUGUUAAUUGUUUUGAAGAGAAUGUUGGUAUGGAUUAUUCUAUAUGUAUCGAAUGGUGUACCUUCUCUCACAAUGCAUACAGGCCCUGUGUGAAUUUAAAAAUGCCGA